AUGUAUUGAAUAAUAAAUCUCUAAUCGAAUACAAUAGCGAUUGCAUUGAUUGAAAGUAAAUGAAAUAAAGAGAACUUUCGAGAAGUUUUCACUCUAUAAGUGACUAAACAUUUAUAAUAGAAAUACAAACAAUUGAUUAAUUGAUUCGUUAAUAGUUGUCAACACUUUUAGUGAUAUUAUCAUCAAAAAAGACAAUGAAUUGCGACAACAAUUUGGACGACAAUAAGGAGAGCGCUGAAGACAGUCUGUCCAUUGAUAACUUUGAUGCGGACAAUGCGGGCGGUGUGGAUACCGGCGAAGUCGGCAAAGUAAAAGACAUUUCGCCCGAUAGGGACGGAAAGCUUAUGAAAGAGAUUAUCAAAGAAGGCAAAGCAUGGGACACACCGAAGAAUGGCGACAAAGUUAUGGUCCAUUAUAUCGGACAACUGCUCGACGGAACUGUAUUUGACUCGAGUCGUGACCGUAACGAUCAGUUUUCAUUCACCAUUGGAGCCAAUCAAGUGAUCAAAGGUUGGGAUAUUGCCGUCAAAACAAUGAAACGCGGAGAAGUGGCCAAGUUUACCAUUGCACCCGAAUUGGCCUAUGGAGAGACGGGCGCCGGUCCUAAAAUACCGCCCAACUCGACACUGAUCUUUGAGAUUGAAUUGUUUGACUGGAAACUCGAGGACAUCACAAAAAAGAAGGAUUCAGGCGUUUGUAAACGUAUACUCAUCGACGGUGAAGGCUAUGAGACACCUAAUAUGGGAGCCACUUGUGAUAUUAGUAUUGUCGGCAAAUACGACGGUAAAGUAUUUGAACAAAGAAAUGUGACGUUCUCUGUGGGUGAGGCCUCCGAGGAAGGUCUGGUUGAUGGUCUUGAGAUAGCCGUACGUAAGAUGAAAAAAGGCGAGAAGGCUGAAGUACACAUCAGACCGCAGUACUCGUUCGGUGCUAAUGGUAGGCCAGAGUUUGGUAUACCGACCGACUAUACAGAAGUAGUCUAUGAGAUAACACUCAACAAGUUUGAAAAGGCAAAGGAAACCUAUCAGAUGGAUAACAGUGAACGUCUAGAACAGGCAAAUCUAGUGAAAACCAAAGGAACCAAAUAUUUUAAGGAGUCAAAAUACAAGUUAGCCAUUAAACAAUAUAAACGAAUUAUUCAACUGUUGGGUCCUCCCGAUGACUUCGAGGGCGAUCUCAAGACCCAAACUAAUGAGCUACUAUUGGCCGGGUAUCUGAAUUUAGCGAUGGCCUACAUUAAAGUGGAAAACUAUUUGGAUGCCAUCAAAAACUGUGACAAAGCUUUGGACAUCGAUGCAGAUAAUGUUAAAGGAUUGUUCCGUAGAGGACAGGCAUACUUUGGCCAAAAGGAUUACGAAUUGUCGCGCACCGACUUCAACGCCGUACUCAAGUUAGAUCCGAACAAUAAGGCGGCUAAAAAUCAAUUAACACUUUCGGUGGCCGCCAUUAAAGCACAGUUAGAUAAAGAGAAGACCACUUAUCGUAAUAUGUUUGAAAGGUUUGCCAAACAAGAUCUCAAGAAAGAAGCGAAAAAAGGUGAUUCACUGGAAAAUGAUAAAAACAAGAAAAACAUGGAACCCAUGGAUGCAGACGGUCUUCAAAACGUCGACAUCAUCAGCGGUGACACCGCGACAACAAUCGCUUAAAGAUGUUUAUUAUUAUUAUUAUUAUUUAAUCGACUCAUUUCAUUGAUUACUAUUUAAUUAUUAUUAUUAUUAUUUUUUGUAUUACAUUUUCUACCGGUUUUUAAAAAAUUUUCCACAAAUAUGUACCAAAUUUUAAAG